UGCAAGGUUCUGUAACCCUACGUUUCCUGUUUGACCAAUAUGAGCAAAGCCUAGCAGAAAAGUAGAGAAUAUGCGGCCUUCGUCGCCAUCAAGGCUUGCAAAUCGUCGCCAUCAUCGGGAAUUUUAUUAACUUGGAGGGAAAAAGUCAUUUCAAACAUUUGGCAGCAGAUGGCUGUGUCUACCCGUCGGACGUCGGACAGUUAGGAGGAAAGCUAACUUUCCCGGUGGCGUUUUCCUUGGUCUUUUCAGUGAACUUUACUAGGCGGCAAUUAGCAGAAGGAUCUGGUUGUGAUUUCAGACAGUAAUUCUAUGAGGUAAUUGUUUGAAGUAGGACGUGUAGGCACUUCGGUUCUCAUUGUUGUCUGCUUUGUUGUGAGAGCUGUCAAUUCCGCUGUUCGAUAUCCGAUAUUGUAUUACUUUUUUGUGACAAUUUUCAUAUUUAUGCAUUUCAACUGAACUCAUGCUUGUUUCAUAUUUAAAGUAGUUUUCAUUAAAUUAAUUCUGUUUUAUCGAAACCUUGAAAGAAUUACUUCAAUAUGAAUGAUACUAAAUGUGGAGGAUUAAUAUUAGAUGCAAUUGAUCAACUUCGCAAAAGGAAAGCAAGACCAGAUUUUGACAGAAUUUCUCAUAUGUUGGAGCGAAGGCAUGGCUUGAAAGGUGCUGCUGUAAAUGAAGAAUUAUCGCGACUUGUCAGUGAAGGUAUUGUGAUAAAAGUUGACUAUAAAGGGAAUACAAGUUAUCGUAAUGCUGCAAAGUGGGUUAAAACUAAGACUCAAUUUUAUGGAAGUUUCUACAAUUCUUCAGAUAUAUCUUCUAUAGUACUUGAAGCAGUUAAAACCUUAACUCUUCCGACGAAAGAUCAUCCACAUCUUCGAAGCGCUUCGAUACAAGAUAUUGAACAAUAUUUACUGAAAAGAGAUUCGCAGUCUAAUCUAAAUCUUGCUACACUGCGUGCUGUUCUAGAAAAAGAAGUUGCAAAACGUUCUCUUCAUCAGUUACCCACCGGAGAUUAUGUUCCACUGAACUCUCAUAUCACUGAAAAUCCUGUGCCUGAAAAACCUCUAUUUGAGUCUCCCAUAAAAACUGAAGAAAGUCCACCCACAAAGCGUAUCAAAUCUGAUAUUACAUCUCAAGAAAAUUCAAGUCCUUCUAAUGAUGAAUCUCAUCCAAGUCGUUGCGAUUAUUGUCUGUUCACUGCAUCUGCAAAUAGGAAGGGAAAAGCAGAAGAGUUGUUAGUUUGUAAAGAUUGUAAUGCAAAAGCCCAUCUAAAUUGUAUGGAAUAUGCCAAGUUAUCAUUUGAAAACUAUCCAUCUCCUGAAAACUGGCAAUGUCCUGAUUGCAAAACUUGUGUGAUUUGUGAUGAAACAGCCACUACUGAUGAAAUGCUUACUUGCAAUAUAUGUUUCAAAGGUUAUCAUAUGAAUUGCCAUGAACCUGCUGUUUUACAUAAACCAUCAGAUAUCUGGCUUUGUUCUGAAUGUGACACUAAUAAGGAAAAAGAAAGAAAUCAGAGAACAAAAUUCAGAUAUUCAAGUAACUUUUCUGAUGAGGAAAAUGUUGAAUCAAAUAUUAUACCACAGCAUUUCAGUGAAGAAUUUUAUAAGAGCCUAGAACAAUACCCGUCUUCUGUACCUAUGGCUAAGAAAUGGACAAUAGAAAAUGUAGAAGCGUUUUUUAAGUAUAUAGGAUUUGAAGAUGAAGCACCAGCAUUUCGAGAACAGGAAAUUGAUGGUUUGUCUCUACUCUUGAUGAAAAGGAAUGAUGUUAUAACAGGUUUAGGCCUGAAGUUGGGUCCUGCAGUAAAAAUUUAUAAACACAUUCGUAAUCUACAAGCAAAAAUUACUGAUAAUUAGAACCAAUUUUAUUUAUUAUGUGUAGCAUAUUUGAUUCUUAUUAUUGGCAAAGGGAUUUUUUCUUGCCAUUCUAAAAUAAGGAAAAAGAAAAGUAAUUUUUAAUGGUUUUCACAUUGUACAAAUGUAAAUAAUGCAUGUAGCAUCAUAAAAGUGUUGUUCUCUUUCAGCAACUUGUAAAAUGUUUUGUUUAAAAAUGAGUCAACUUGUAGUAUUAAGUAAAAAAAAAAAAAUCAUAUUUAUGUUAUUGUAAAAUGUAAGAGAAAUGAAAGUUUGCUUCGUAGAAUUUUUUAAUGAAGGUUAAAUAUAUGUAAUGAAAAUUAGCAUAAUUCUAAAAUACACUUAGAUGUAGUGGGCUGAAAAAUGUGAGAAAUCAACUUGAUUAUCACUGAGGUUCAAAUCGCAGACUUUUUGCUAGUUGGAUGCACCACCUGUUAUGCCAUCAGAACAUACAUGGGUGGGGUACAAUAAUUCUUUAUAUUCUUGCUGAGAGAGGGCAGAAUAUGUUUCCCUAAUGGAAAGAUAUGUCACAAAACAUCUUAAAAUGCCUUUCCCCCCCAUGGAAUUUAAUCAAAGACUGCAAUUUAAUUACUGUGCUUCCCUAAAUAUCAAAUGGCAUUACUCACAUUUUUAAAGAUGUUGCGCAAGAGGAAAAUAGUUUGCAUCUUGAAGAGCCCUUUCUAUAUGUAUAGGCAGUAUGUUAAUAGUGUGCUAAUUACAUAUACAUUAAGUUAAAUAUCAUAUAUACAUUAAGUUAAAUAUCAUAUACAUUAAGUUAAAUAUCAUAAAACACCUACCAAUAGUGUGUAACAGACACUCGCUAAGCUCUAUGAUGAUAGCUGUGAAUACAAAGGUUUUCUUUCAGGUACCACAAACAGAAAGCAAAUUUUGCAGUUAAUGGACUUUUUGAAGAAAUGUAGAAAAGUGGUAAUAAAUAAAGAUCUGGAUAUAA